UUACAAUAAAAUACUUACAAAAUAAGCUGCUGGUCACUCCACAACUUAAUUAGUUUUUUCGCGUCUGCGCAUUUGGUUUGUUGUCGUUAUUAAUUUUAUUUGAUUUGAAUAUAGCGAAAAACUAGCUAUUACAAUUGUGCUGGGCCAAUUGUAAUUGAAAAUUGUGUUGUAUUGGGAGAGCACGUGAAAAUGUCCGUAAAUAUUACUGUGAAUGGAAAAUUUCGUGCAUGUAACAAACCAAGCAUUUUGGACGAUCCUGUGCGUGUAAAAAAGCAACUGGAAGGUGAGCUUCGUAAACAGCGUAUACUUGAGGUACGUGAAGAAUCAAAAAAGUUGGCGCGAAAAAUACGCAAUGAUGUCGCAGCGGAAAAAGAUAGACAGCUGCGAAAUCUUGAGGCUAUUAAAGCGCAGGAACUUGAAUGUUGGCGGCAACAUGUAUUGGAUCAGAAGAAUAAUGAAUAUCGACAAGCUAUAUUUCAAAUCGGUACAGCACAUAAUGCCGCAAAGAUUGAGAACGAAGCAAUGGCAAAACGUCAAGCGGCAAAGGAGCAAGAGCGCAUACAAUUCAAAAAGAAAACUAAUGAACGGAUUGGUGCCAAACCCAAGCAAAAUAUAAAAAAGGUGCUACAAACUGCCGGCACACAAACACCAAAUGUGCUAAUGAAAGACAAAAAGAAAAMGACACCGAAGAAACGAAGACGAAAAAUUUGCCCAAAAGAUCACACAUCAACUUGCCACUGCACAAGUGCUGAGAGCGAGUCAGAUGAUGAUGACAGCCAGCAUAGUGAUGAAGAUGACGCAGAAAUACUAAGUGAUUCUAAUAAAAGUGAAACAACAAAAUCUGUAAAAAUUUGCCCAUGUCCGAAAGUAAUYAAAUGUCCAUGCACAAGCUCUUCAUCUUCUUCGCUACUUUCCACAACGUGUACCGAUGAUGAAGAACUGGUUAAGAGUUCUGAUGUAACAAAUAAAAAUACUAUUCUCAGCAAAAAUCCUGCUGUUAUUGUGGAUAUCGAUGUGGAUAACAACGACUCGAUAAGCAUAACAGCUGGUGAAAUUAAAGAUAAAUACGCACAGAGCAACCGGCAAUUUCACCAUAUUGUGCGCAAUAGUAGUCCUGAAAAGCCAAUAAGUGCCCAACCAAAAGGUAGAACAACUACUACUACARCAAAACCACGUUUCACACAAGUUUCGCAAAUUUUAAAUGCAAAGAGUGCCAUCAGUGUUUCACCCACACGUUCGCGUUCACCACCUAAGCCACCACCGCCAUCGCUGGCAGCCACAACGGCUAGUAYGACAGCUAAAUCGCCACAUAAAAGUAGUACAUCGGGUCGCAYACAAAUUACACUUUCAGGCAACACAGUUACAAUGGAUAGCUGUAAAAGUGAUAAGGAAAAAGAUGCGCGCGAAAGUAGCCGCAAUCGUGUCCAGUCCUAUGAUUACAACAACAAAUAUACKCGAGAUUAUGCACAACCCACCGAGGGUCUAGUGCAUGAACCUACUUUUCGCGAACGUAAUGGUCCAUGUGCAGUAGCACAAGCGGAAAUGGAAAGAGAAUUAGCAAUACAAAGAGAUGAGGAGCGCAAAAGAAUGAGUGCGCGUUCUGAUGAACGUGGUCGUAAAGCGCUUGAACGUGAACAAGCACGUCGUGAUUGUGCUGAGCUUACCAAAAAGCUUGAUGCGCUAACGCAGGAAUAUCCGCAACUGAUGAAUCCGACCGAUGUUAGAAUCCAAAACCAUCAAUUAUAUAUAAGUCGUGAAGCACGCAUAGAACAAAAACGUAAUGCAGCCGUAGAAGACCUAUUUUUGCAUCCUGCAAUCAUCACCUGCCCAGAAAUUAACAAACAGCACAUUCACAUUGGAAGUGCACAAGAAGGCGUCACCAGCACAAAAMCCGUUGGCGAUAAUUUGAAUUUAGCAUCACCACAAGAUCAAAUCAAUAGUUCCUCUGACAGCCGUAGCUCUAUACUGCUCGGUUAUGUUGAUGAUCAGAAGAAGAAAAUACGUAAUGAUUUGUUGAAAUGCGCUGAUGGUCAGCCAAAUCAGAAUAAACAAAAAGCUGAACGCUUAAAAAAAUUGUUGCUGCGCAUAGAUGACUUGCGCAAAGCCUUGUGUGAGGAGCUGGAAAAGAAUGGCAGCGGUGAUAGCAUGCAGCAGGUGAUAAACGAUGUGAGUGAUGUGCGUCGCGAGCGUGAACGUAUGCUGAAUAAGGAUGUGCCGCAGGAAAAYGGCAGACAAUCGCCAUUGGCCAAGCAUUUAAAUGAUGUGGAACAAAAAGAAGCUGUUUUGGAACAAAAGCUGCGUGAAUUAUGUAAAAUGCAGAAACCACAAGGUAGCCAAGUUAACACAUAUAAAGAUCUUGGUAAACCAGCUGAAAAUAUAGUGAAAAAAUCAGAUGGCAAGGAGUGCAGAGUGCAGACCACAGGCAACAAACCGUUAGAAAUCAUAAUAAAGUUGAAGAAUGAGGGCAGCCGACGUGGCAARCAGAAAAUGAAAAAGCCUACAAAGAGUCCACGAAAARUCUCCACUUUAAUUGAUACACCGACACGCCGUUUAGGCGUUAAACGUUCCGCCAGCAAUGUGCGUGAGAAACCACAACAACAACAAAAAGUUUCUACUAAUGACAAGCAUGGUGCUAUAAAUCGACAAAAUUCUUAUGACUCCAAUUCGACGUCAUACCGCAGUYUACCAUCCCGCAUUGCCAACGACGUGGAUGCGCUGGUCGAUCAAAUAGAAUUAGCUGAGGAGGCAGACAUUCACGSUGCUACGAAUAUACCAGUAACUGCUGAAGCGCAGACGACGACACAGCCAGCAAAAUCAAUUCAACGUACAGCGCGUUUGAAUCCGCUCAUAGCACACUAUGUGCAACGUCUGUUGGGUAUGUCACGUAAUUCCGUACUCGGUUUAGGCGUAAGCUCUUCAGACAUCGAAACACCCUCAUCUUCCAUUAUGAAUGUCAGUUCGAAUCGUGUAAGCGCCACUGUCAACUUGGCCGACUCACAAGAACGCAUACAACGUGUACAGAGAUUUAUCGARGAAAAUCGUAGUUUUAUCAGUGAGUUGGAAGACACAWUGCRCACGCAAAGCGAUGUUACGCUUGAGACUAGCAUUCGCAUGUUUGAGGAGAUUUGGCAGCAACGACUGCGCAAGGAGCAACACAGUGGCGGUGAAAGAGCAAUGAAACAWYCGCAAKCAAGACCGCGUGCUGCAACAGGCAACGAGACUUACGUGCGCGAUAACGCUGGAGUGGUGUCACAACAAGCUAAACUAACACGCAAGCCAGAUAAAAGUUCAAGUGCAAGUCUACAGCAGCGCGCACMGAUGCAGCAGGCACUCAYGCCAGCGRUAAUACGAGCUAAGCAGACGCAGGGUAAAGAUAAACAGGUGCAGGGUCAAGUUAAACAAGCGCAGGAUCAAGAUAAGCAGGAGCAGGGUCGGCAGCCACGACAAGCCGCGCAAAAUGAUGAAAAAACAGCGCGCAUAUCAACGGAGCGCGUUGUUACUACCACCAGUGUGGAUUCGCAAACGAAGCGUGAUAUCUCAGUUGUCACAGAGGAGCGUCGCGCUGAAGAGCAAAUCGCACGGUAUGAGCAACUCACCGAGAACUGCACACAACGCAUCGCRGAAUUAACCGAGCUCAUACAAAAAGUGCGCACAGAAAAGAAACGACUCAUGGAGGUCACACUCAGUUCGGUAAGUGAGGGACGCAACUCAACCGAAUACAUCGAAUUGCCCGAUGGCACGCGUCGACGCUCAAACGCAUCCGUCGAUAGAAAUACCAGCAUCAGCAGUGGCAGCAGUGCUGGCGCAAGCGCACGUCACGCCUUGACCACACAACCAACCACCUCUAUAGACUACACACCASCGGAUAUAUUGGAUCAGCAAACUGCYGCCACGUCAGCAGACGGUGUAUCAGCGCUCGACAGCGCGGCGCCGCUUGAGAARCACAAACCGACRGGUAUGAGUCACGAUAGCGGCAUUUCCAUUUCACGUCCAUUAACAGCACAGGAUGUGGARCAGCCGUCGCAAGCGUCGAGCACAACACACCCGAGUCACCAUGGCGGCGGUGGGCGUAAGUCGCGACCACCGCCUACUUUACAACGUUACAGCCCUAACUUUGCCGAAGAUGAUGUAGUACACGAGCUAUCCACCAUCAUCGAGGUAGACACACCGGCUACAUCGCGCGUAAAUGCCACAACUGUUAGUGCAGCGGCCGCAGCAGCUGAGGCUUCACGCAGCAGACCUUUGCAACCGCAACCUUUCCCCACAUUCGAAGAAUAUGCGCGUGAAAUGAAUUUAGAURUCACACAAUUGGAUGCGGACACGAGUCAACGCAUAAAUCAGGAAUUUGAUACGCUAAUCGCACAGCUGUGUAAUGCACAGAGUGGCGCAGUGCCGGACUAUCGUGAGUUUCCAUCGCUUUCAGCCUAUCUGCGCAAUUUGAGUGUACCGCAAGAUGGCGCUGAACAGUCACAAUCGCCGGAAACAAUCGACGACUUGGUCUCCUGCCUACGCAUAGCAAAUCUCUCCAUAAAACCGUUCCCGACGCGUCAGGAAUAUUUACGCCAAUUAGCAAAAAAUUCUCAGAGUGGUGAGUUUCUCGAUAGCGCCAGUCUGGAAAACAUCUCCGACGCACGUACGAACAGUAAUACAGAAACCGAAUCGGAAUCAAUAAACAUUGAAGAGGAGCUGAGACGACGUCAACUGCUACAGCAUUCAUUUCGCACGGCCAAAACAAAGGAGCAAAUAUUCUCCUCCACUGUGAGGGAUGGCGGUGAAAAUGCGCGCACCAGUCAUGCACGUGCCUUCKCCGCAGAAAGCGGCAUUGAGAAGCUCUCCUCAACAUCUGAGAAUGGUUCCAGUGAAUUCGAACGUCAGCUAUUCAGUUUGGGCAUGAAAUGGCCGGCAACAAUGCGUGCACGCACCAAGGAGGCAAAGACRGUCGGCAAUAGUAACAGCUCAAGCAGUCCGGAGCGUGUGGCACCCACAACUGACGCCACUGCGCAGCGUAAUAGUCCGAGAAAAGACGUCAAUAAUGCWGUGCUGAAGAGYCCACAGCGCUCACCAGACUCCACAUUGCGUGGCGUCAGCCCUAAACGUGUGGAAUCGGUAAAAAUUAGCGCUAMWAAGGAAGUGCAAUUUGAGCGUAGCGUCGAUGAGCGCUCACCAACCCAUAGUCCAACGCGUGAGGCAGCAAAACAAAAAUUGCGACACAGUCCUGAACGUCUUGAGGUCAACACCAACAAAGAUAACUCGCACCAAAAACAGCGAAGCAUCAGUCCUACRCCUGAUAGGUCCACCAAGGACACAGCGGGACAUGAUGCGUCAAGAAAGUAUAAAAGCGCUCAACGUAGUCAAACACGCUCUAGCGAUUGCGAGUUCCUAAGCGACUUUGGACGACCGUUAAAUUUACGCGAUUUCCUCACCAAAGAGCUGUUGAAACAUGCCAGCUCUUCGAGCACAUCAUCGACCCCAACAGACGAAUCGUUGCGCAGUGCCUUCUUGCAGUCCRUCAUWGAAACGAUGACACCGCGCACCAAUAACGGYGGCAGCAAUCAACUGGACAGACAGAARACUUCCACGCCRGUUACACAUUCCGCAAGCUCGAAUGCGCAAAGUAGCGGAGAUCAUAGCGAAAGCAGCGCAACCAAUACACAAUCACAACUAUUCUCCGGCGAAAGUUGCAUAUCUUCGGUGCGCUUCUUCGAACGCUCCAUAACGCGCACAUAUCCGCGAAAUACGCCAACCGCUGAAGGUGAUGCACAAAAGRAAGUGAUGGAGGAGCAAACAAAUGACAAUAAUGCCAGCCAAAAAUAACGUUUUUGCCUGUGACUUCGGUUUAUGCGCAUGCGCUGUGAACCUUUGCUCUUAAAUAGCUAUAUAUAUUUAAUUUAGUUUUAACAUUUUGCAUCUCUUUGUUUUACCUACACACAAAUUCAUUAGUUAAUCAUGCAACCCAYUGCUGACAUAUGUAUAGCGRCAAAURCAUACAUACAUACAAAUAUAUAUUUAAGUAGAUAAAUAAGCCUUUUUGUUAUCAGUAUAAAUACCUAUUUGUUAAAGAUUUUAUAAUAAUUGCAUGCAUAACGAUUUUACAUAUAUCCAUGACACAUUGGAUUUUGUAUUGGACGCAUACAGCCGAUGUGCCUAGGACAUGUAGAUGAUUUUUAUUUGUUCUAAUUUGAUUGUGUGUAUUUUCGAAAGCAAUGUUGAUAAAGAUACACAUUGAUUGUUAAUUAAUUAAGACGAGAAGCAGCGCAAGAGUAUGUAAAAUGCAAUGAAA